CAGUCACGAGUAGUCCUCGGCACCGCUCGGAACAUGAAUGUAUGUACACCUAUGUUGCCUAUUUUUGCGCUUCGUCGCAGACACGACGUAAAAAUUAUCGGUGAAAAGUUCGAGAAUGUGCUUGACGGGAAAAUACUGUGUUUUUUAGUGAGUCCAAGUGACAGGAAGGCGAAUCUAUAGUGAUCUGACUGUCGAGUCGGUCGUUAAUGAAACAUGCAUUCAACGGUGACGACGAACCGAACGCUAAUGCUACGAUACAGUAAUAUCCAUGCGGACGUCGCCAUACGUCGCGUCGCGUCGCCUCGAGUCGCGUCGGCGCGGGCGUCGCGUCCUCAUAACUGAAACCGACCGGUGCGGUGCCAUAAGAGAACCUACAAAUUACGCGUCGUUAAACCAUUAUUAAAUGAUCAACUAAAAUAGAAUACACGAAAGGGUGUCUCGAGUCAGUCAUUCCUUCUAAUUCGAACACGUACGCGUACGCACGUGUUAAUUUAUUAUAAUAAUAUUACUUGGAAGAAAGUUGAAAUUUAUGAUAAUGAUUUACAAUUCCAAGAUUCCUUUGAACCGUACUAAUUAUUUAAGUUAUCUCGAUCGCUCACUUUACUCUAAUUUUUAUAUGUAACAUUUGUAGACAAUAGGUCAAACUUUGAACAUUAUUAGUAUUUCUGUUAAAAUAAAAUACACUUUCUGCUACCUUGAAUACUGAUUGUUCUAUCAAAGUCAGUGCCUUACGAUAACCAAACUAUUUGUUCAUAUUGAAUAACUUUUUCAAAAGAAAGAUUGUUCCGUGUACCUGUCUGACAAGAGAAUGAGACCAACGGACAGCGUCGAAGGCUCUAAAACCUGCAGAUAUAAAGUGCAAACAAAAGAUAAGGAAAAAGAUUGUACGUAACGCCUGUUCAUCGGUGCAUUGUCUUGAUUUAUUUAAUGACAAAUACAUGAAAGUGUCUUGACAUCAUUGUUUUGCAUUUAUACGUUACAAUCGUACGAGUAAGUGAUCGAUCGAUUAAGAAAAGUACAAUAACAAAGCGAAAAAUGACCGAUAAUCUUUCCAGAUAUCUUAAAAUCGACCAAUUAUAUGUAUACAGAGCAACAUGUUAGUCCAUGUGACACUGCUAAUAGAUAACUGAACCUAUUUAAUACCUAUAUUAUAUGAAUAGAGAAGAAUGCAAACGUUAACGUAUAGCUCGAAUCAAUUUCCAGUUUCAACGCGACAGCUCGAAAAUCACAAACAAUUCUUGCACGUGCCUCUGUGUGGGCAUAUGUAUUUAAUACUUAUCCACGCUACCAAGUACGUAUCUUAUCACUCGUCCAAUCCCGUCGUGUAUUUAGCCAGCCCUCUAAGUUUGCAGUUCACCGCCGCGUCGGUUCCAAGACGAGGCGAACAAGAGAAAAGUGUUGUUCGAAUUUCUCGAGGAACUUUGAACCCGAAGAUCGAGCCGAAUGUCCGAUAGAAUGUCACGCGGUGAAACUGAUAGAGGUUGGGCAUGGGUAAUCGUCGCCGCUGUGACAAUCAUUAACUUGGCGAUACUUCCGAUACAGCAAUGCUACGGCCUUGUAUUCACGGACCGAUUUCGUUCACUCGGUAUCACCGCUACGCAAACAUCCUUCAUUCUUCAUCUGAAUGGAACGAUCACGUGUAGUCUGGGUUUAAUAAGCGGGCCAAUGAUGAAAAGGUUCAGAUUUCGAACGGUGGGAUUCUUCGGCGGUCUCACCGUCGCCAUUGGUAUCUGCAUGACUGCGUUUGCUGUAUCUGUUCCCUCGAUUAUUAUCACUUAUUGUAUUAUCGUUGGUAUCGGUCACGGAGUUAUGUUUCCAGCAACGACUCUAGCACUCAACACGUAUUUCCGAAAGAAACGUAAUUUGGCGAUGGGGUUCACGGUAACACUGACUGGUCUGGGUCCUAUUCUGAUGCCUCUUCUUAUAGCAAAACUAUUAGAGAAUUAUGCUACCACCGGGACGCUCUUAAUUCUUGCUGGAAUAGCGAUGCAUUCGCUCGUAGGAGCAUCGUUAUUAAAACCAUUUAACGAGAACAAGAUUACAAGUAUAACAAAGGGCAAUGACAUCACGGAAUCUUCCGCAGAGUGCAACGACAACGGUGUUGCAAAACGAGCCGAAUCGUUGAAUGUUGAAAAUGAAACUGAGGUAAAAAACGGUGGCGUUAAUUGUGAAUUGUUGAGCAACGAUGUCGAACGAAAAACGGAGGAUCGCGAGCGACCUUUAUCGCGAAACGCGGAGCUCGCCAAUAGAACAGAAGGCAAACGAAAGAUUCUGUCGAGAAUUUUCAAACACUUGGAUCUCGAUCUUUUAAAGGACAGCCGUUACGUUGCAGUUAUAUUAGGUAUGGGAGUGUCUUUGGUCGCGGAAACGAAUUUCAAUGCGAUGAUUCCUUUCGUCCUUUCCGAACUCGCGGGCCUCGAAAGGACCUCGAUCGCAACUGUGAUGUCGAUCCAAGCCGCUUCGGAUAUCACUGGACGGCUGUGCGUUCCACUUUUGGCACACAAAGCUGGAUGGACAUCCAGGAAUCUUUACGUUUUUUCAUUGAUAGGAUCCACUCUCGGACGAACCAUUUUAUCGGCCUGGGGAACCACCUAUGUUGCGGUCGUCUGCGUUGCAUUAAUUAUUGGUGUUGCAAAAGGGACGAAAGCUGUUUUCCAGGCUUUAAUCAUUCCUGACUACGUUUCUCUCGAAAGACUGCCAGCUGCAUCUGGAAUGCAAAUGGUCUGCAACGGUAUACUAUCUAUCGCCAUAGGUCCAAUUAUAGGUUUGGUACACGAUUCGAUGAACGGUUACGUAGGUGCUCUUCAUUUCACUUCCUUUUUAAGUCUCUCUUGCGUUUUCAUGUGGUACGCGGGAGGUUUCCUCAGAUUUAAGAAAGAGACGGUAAAUCGUAGAGAAAAAGAAGAUACGAUACAAGUAGAAGAAGAUGCGUGCGAAUGUAGCGCUUAAAUAAUUUGUAUACUACUCGACUGACGAGCAUUUUCUUAACGGAAAACUGUUAAAAAUGUCUAUAA